AUGGCGGCCCCGGCUCCACGGCCGCCUGGCUUGUGCUGCUGUCGCAAGGGUUCCGCGGCCGGGCCGGAGGCGCCGCCGGCCCCGCCACCGCCUCCUGAGCCUCCGCCGGACGUGGCGUCGGCCUCCAGCUCGCAGCUCUUCAGCCUCCGCCACCUGCACCUCGGGCUGGAGCUGCGGCCCGAGGCGCGAGCUCUGGCGGGCUGCCUGGUACUGGAGCUCUGUGCCCUGCGCCCGCAGCCUCAAGCCCUGGUGCUGGACGUCCACCCUGCCCUGCACGUCCUCUCGGCCGCCUACCGUCGCGCCCCAGCUGGAGAAGAGCCCUGCUCCUUCGUGUUCUCGCCUGCUGAGGCCGCCGCCACCGCCGGCACCCCUGCCCCACUGCCCCCUCCACCCUGCCCGCCGCCGCCGCCGCCCUGCGCGCCGCCCUGUGCCGCCAGCCCGCCCUCCACCGCCACCUUUCUUUCUGCUCCAUGCAUCGCUGCCGGCCCACUACCCUCCACCGCCGCCUGUCCCCCGGGGGAGACGCCUGUCAGCCCCUCGACCGCCGCCGCCGAGCCGCCGCCGCCGCCUUUGCCCCUCUUCGCCCAGCCGCCCUGCGCCGCCUGCCCGCUUGGCUUCAGGGUGGACCCCUUCACUGACUAUGGCUCGUCUCUCACCGUCUCCCUGCCCGCUGCCCUCCAGCCGCACCAGCCCUUCCAGAUCAUCGUCCGCUACACUACAGCCGACGGCCCCGCCAUCUGGUGGCUGGAUCCAGAACUGACAUAUGGCAAUGCCAAGCCAUUUGUCUUCACACAGGGCCACUCGGUGUGUAACCGGUCUUUCUUCCCCUGCUUCGACACACCAGCAGUGAAAUGCACCUAUUCAGCUACUGUCAAGGCUCCAGCAGGCAUACAGGUGUUGAUGAGUGCCACCCAAAGUACCUAUUUAGAAGAGGAAGGUGUAUAUCAAUUUUACAUGGAAUAUCCAGUUCCUGCCUACCUAGUGGCUUUGGUGGCAGGAGAUCUUAUACAUGCAGAUAUAGGUCCAAGGAGCAGAGUGUGGGCAGAGCCUUGCCUGCUGCCAACAGCCAUCAGCAAGCUUUCUGGCAUCGUUGAACGCUGGUUGACUGCUGCAGAGAGUCUGUAUGGCCCAUAUAUAUGGGGAAGAUAUGACAUUGUUUUUCUUCCUCCAUCCUUCCCUAUUGUUGCCAUGGAAAACCCAUGCCUGACCUUUAUCAUCUCUUCCAUUCUGGAGAGCGAUGAGUUUUUGAUCAUUGAUGUUAUUCAUGAAGUUGCCCACAGCUGGUUUGGAAAUGCAGUCACCAAUGCUACGUGGGAGGAGAUGUGGCUGAGCGAGGGGCUCGCCACAUAUGCACAGCGCCGGAUCACCACUGAGACCUAUGGAGCUGCCUUCACAUGUUUGGAGACUGCAUUCCGCCUUGAUGCUCUCCACAGACAGAUGAAGCUCCUUGGAGAAGACAAUCCGGUCAGCAAGCUUCAGGUUAAACUGGAACCAGGUGUAAAUCCUAGUAAUUUGAUGAACCUUUUCACCUAUGAGAAAGGCUACUGCUUUGUUUACUACCUGUCCCAGCUCUGUGGUGAUCCAAGACACUUUGACUCCUUCCUAAGGGCCUACAUUGAGAAGUACAAAUUUACCAGUGUUGUAGCUCAAGAUCUUCUGGAUUCCUUCCUGAAUUUUUUUCCAGAGCUGAAAGAGCAAUGUGUUGAGAGCAAAGCAGGACUGGAGUUUGAACGUUGGCUCAAUGCUACAGGACCUCCGUUAGCAGAGCCAGACUUAUCUCAGGGAUCCAGUCUGACCAGACCAGUGGAGACGCUCUUCAAACUCUGGACCACAGAGCCUCUGGACUCUGUUGCUGCUGCCAGCAGUGCUGACCUCACUAAAUGGAGAACGUUCCAAACUGUGCUCUUCUUAGACAGAUUGCUGGAUGGGUCCCCACUACCACAUGAGGUGAUAAAAAAGCUUUCGGAAUGUUACUCCUCUCAGCUGGACUCCAUGAAUGCAGAAAUCCGCAUCCGCUGGCUGCAGAUUGUAGUCCGAAAUGACUAUUAUCCAGACCUUUACAAAGUCCGUCGCUUCUUGGAAAACCAGAUGUCUCGGAUGUACACAAUUCCACUUUACGAGGACCUUUGCACUGGCACCCUCAAAUCUUUUGCCUUAGAAAUUUUUUGCCAGACCCAAAACCAGCUGCACCCCAAUUUGCGGAAAACCAUCCAACAGAUCUUAUCACAGGGCUUGACUCCACUUCCCGCCAUAAACACUACAGCAGUCACUACAGACACACCAGCAAUGGUGCUGGAGGACAAAGUCUCAGAGGCCACAAAUGGUGCCAUUUCACUCAGGGAUGUUAAUGUGUCUGCUUAGAUCACCUGCUCAUGUCAGCCAUGAAGCUUGAAAAUGAGGACAGAACAGAGGAAAGAGACCAAGUGUUGCCUCCUUUCCCUCAGCGCAUCAGCUGCGGUGUGUUGUUGUAACUGGAUUUCUCUCCCAAAACACAAAGCAAAUGUGCCUUCAAGUAUCCAGCCUGUGACACUGCCAGGUUCCAGAGAUCUCCUUCAGUUGUGGGAUGGAUAUUUUGAUUCAGUUUUUACUGGGCAGGGAUGCCUGGGCAAUUGCUUCUCCAUGGAAAGUGGCUAGUUGCAUUUCCUGAGGCUCUUCUGGAUGGUUUCUCCAAGCUUUUUGUUUGGUGGAGUUUUUUGUUUGUUUGUUUUUUGUUUGUUUUGGGGUUUUUUUCUGACUGAAGCCACUAAAGCAUGUCCUACUUGCUGUGUGUAUGUUGCUGGGGACUUGUUGUAUGUGUCAGGCCACCAUUAUCCUGAUAUUUGGGCUGAAGUUCUGCAAGGGAGAGACUCAGGAAUUGUCCGUGGCAGCAAACACAUUUUCAUGUUGUGAUUUGGGAGGUAGGGAACUAAUGCUUAAAUAAUUAAGAAACUAAUUUUAAGUAACUCCUGUUUCCCCCUGCCCCCAGGUGACUA